UGAUGUCCACUUUUAUUCCACACCCCCUGCGAGUCGCAAAAGGCUUGCGCGCUUUUCCCGCGGCCGUCCAAGAUUUCUUAUCGCGGGGGGCAUUUCAGCUUUCGACAGGCUUCAACAUGGACCAAAGUUUGGAGCGCGUCAUGACAACUCUGGAAAAAUACUACGACCAACAAAGAGCAGCAAUGUUGUCAUCCGGCUCUGUAAUUUGGCCUCCAUCUGACAUAACCGGAGACGUGUGGCCAACACCCCCUGAGCCGAAACUAACCCUGAAAAAAGCUUGGUUUCAAAAGCCAGACAAAUCCGGCGCCGAGAAAGGCAUGACGGCGCCCGCCAGUAAUGCCGUGUCGAAGAAGAAGAGGAAAAGAGCACUGGCCUGGAGAUCGUUCAAGCAGGUGUCGGUGGCGGGCAUCGACGCCGCCCUCGACCGACACUCGCCCCUCUUGCGACGCCUUCUUUGGGCCUGUGUGCUCGUCAUCUGCAUGACCCUCAUGAUGGCCCAGUGCCUUAAUCGAGUAUUCAGGUACUUAGAAGAACCUGUAAACGUCAACGUGCGCGUUACGUAUAACGAGAGCUUGGAAUAUCCCUCAUUAACUCUUUGCAACAGAAACAGUUUCAACGCGACGGCUGCCCUCGAAAUGCUCAUCAAUUAUCAGAUGCUGCCGCCGGACGCGACGGAGGCGGACGCGAACAUUUCGAUGCUGGUCGGCGUCGACGGAUUAACACCGACCACAAUUUGGGAUCGGCUCGCGCACAGAUUGGAUGUUAUUGUCACCGAGUGCUGGUUUGGUCGAGGAACAAAAUGCGAGUCUCAAGGAAACUGGACGCUGGUGCACACGGUGAACGGGCCGUGUUACAUGUACAGAUUAGGCGUCUCGAACGUCGAGUUCGUUGGCAGUUUCCAUAACCUGUACAUCAAGCUUUGGGAAUCAACUCCAAAAAUCGAGGACUGGGGCUUCAGGAUUUUAAUUCACGAAGCGUCUGAGAAUCCGAUCUUGACGUCACGCACGCGAGCCAUGACGGCCGAGCUCGGCUGGAGCAGGGAUGUUAAGCUGGAGCUGCGAAAGUUCAACAUGUUAAGUACCGCAAAGUCACCUUGCAACGACGAUGUGAAAUACUCAAUGGCCCAGUGCCAGCUUGACUGUUUCCAGACUCAUAUGCUGGAGCACAGCGGCUGUAGAAUGCCUUACAUGAUGGCCAAGUACUCGAAUAUGAGCGAGUGCGCGACGCCAGACGAGUAUCACGCCGCCAUGGAAGCGAUCAAAUCUCUGCUCAUUUCUGGCGGCUGGACGGCCACGUCGUGCAACUGCCCACCGCAGUGUAGGCAAACCGCUUUUCAAAUGUAUCCGGAAAAUAUUCUCUUCGAACCGGAUCGAAUCAAGCUUAGAAUAUUUUACGAGGACUUGGUUUACGAGCAGAUCACCGAGGACAGAGCGUACAACCUUAUUGCUCUUUUGUGCGACAUUGGAGGCACCCUGGGGCUGCUCAUGGGCGCCUCAGUCCUCACGAUGUGCGAGCUGCUGGAGGUUUUGUGGUCGCGUUUCAUGCAGAUCUGCUGCAGAGUGUCUAAUCCGUCUGCCACGGGAAGACGGAAGAAGUCGCAGAUCUCUUCGAUUAAUAUUCGCGUCUGAUUGGCAAGCUUAUAUCCUCGGUUAAAUUUUACGCUCGUUAAUUUUACAAAUUAAGCUUUAUUUCAACCUCUUGACCUAACGAACAUAUUGAAUUUUUAUUAUAUCUUUUUUUUAAAUAAUGCAUAAACGCACUUCAGUCAAAACAUUCAUCAUUAAGAGAAAUUUCCAGUAUUUUAAAAGUCCAUAAAAUAUCACAGAAUAUUUCGUCGCGAGAAAGAAUAUUAGAAAAAGCUGCUAUAGUCAAUUAAAUUUAGCACUUUAAUGAUGGAAACGAAAAGUGAGCGGCUUAAUUAUUACUGUCUUUUUAUUUUUGCGAUAAUUUUUCCGAAGUUCAGUUUUAUUUGAGGUGAGGAAUACGCUGUAUGAGAAAAAUUACUAAUGAUAAAAACUGGUCCACCUAAAAAUGUCUAGUUUUUUUCCAACCCACCUAAAGCGAUAGUUUCCGCAC